CAGAUUCGACCAUGAAUCGUCAAUUCCAGGGUCGACAACACUUACUACAAACACAUCGAAAACCUCUUCGUAGACAUUAGCAAACAACGUGGUCCGCCGGUACAGCCCCGGGACACUCUGAUCAUGGCCUCGACCGCAGCCGGACCUUCCAGCUCAUCCCGACCUCGAGGUACCGCUUCCCUCACCUCGUCGACCCCGGACCCACGGAACAAGCCCAUCGACCUGGCCCCGCUGAAGGAACUGCUCAAGGAGAACCUGCUGGAUGCUCUCGUAGCGAUUCCGGGGGGAAAGACGUUGGUGCUCGAUAGAGACCUGGCAGGGAGUUUGGGACUGGUAGUGGAUGUCGGUUCGCUCAAGAACCAAGCGGUGGAAAAGAUGUUCUGGCUCGAACCGGGCCCUCUCCAGGCGCCGACCCGGAACAUCGUCUACCUCACCCGUCCUUCCCGGUCUCACCUCGAGAUCAUCGCCGACCAGAUCAAGACGCAUCAAUCUCAACAGACCCAAGGAUACGUCUACCACGUCUUGUUCGCUCCUAGGCGGACGGCCUUGUCGGCAAGCAUAUUGGAGGAAUUGGGGAUAGGAGGGGAUGUCGAAGUGAAGGAAUUGGGGUUGGGAGCAAGCUGGAUCGUACUGGAGGAUGAUCUGAUGAGCUUGGAAAAGGAGCCCAGUGUCAUCAAGGAUCUGUAUCUUAACGGAGAUGACACGCCAUUAUACGACGCUUCUAUGGCGUUGAUGACGUUUCAACGGGCGUACGGGCUAUUUCCUCGGAUGUUGGGCAAGGGUGAUGCGGCGCAGCGCCUGGUAUCGCUUUUGAAACGACAUCGGGAGUCACGACCGGAUAUCUACUCGACGCUGGAACCUUCUCAGCAGGUGGACGGGCUGAUCGUCAUCGACCGCAGUACAGAUUGGGUGACACCGAUGAUGACCAUGUUGACGUACGAGGGCUUACUCGCAGAGUAUGUCGGGAUACAGCGUUCUCAUAUCGAGGUGGACCCGGAGCUCCUGUCGACUGAGGCUAACCGACCUCCUCCGGGUGAAUCGUCAAAUCCCAUCUCAUCCACCUUGGGAGCACAGGGUUCGUCGAAUCGGCCGACCAAGAAGCGGAAACACCUGCUCAGCGCUUCUACGGACCCCCUCUUUGGCGAGUUGAGGGAUUCAAACUUCUCCGUCGUCGGUGCCAAGCUCGCUAGACUGGCUCGACGGCUCGAGGCGGACUAUCAGGGCAAGAACAGCUUGGAUACGGUGGGCAAGAUGAAGGAGUUUGUGGGCAAGCUGGGCGGAUUGCAGGGAGAGCAGCGGGCGCUGAAACUACAUACGAGUCUGACAGAGAUGCUGAUGUCGAUCACGCGGUCGCCCGGCUUUGAAAAAGUCUUGGAGAUACAGCAGAACAUUGCUACUGGAUACGAGCCCACGAAUCAGAUGACGGCGAUAGAGGACUUGAUGAUACAGCAAUCCCAGACGCCCUGGGAUAUCUUGAGAUUGGUCAUCCUGCUCUCACUCUCGGUCGGAGGAAUUCGACAAAAGGUCCUGGACAACUUCAAGAGAGAGUUCUUGCAGAUCUACGGCUACCACUAUCUGACGACGUUUGUCAACCUGGAACGGAUGGGCCUGUUAAAUAAUUCUCCAGCGCCAGGCGGUAACAUUUUCCCUCAGACCCGUAAAUCGCUUCGCCUCUGGGUUGAAGAGGCAAACGAACAGGAACCGAACGACAUCGCCUACACAUACUCGGGUUAUGCGCCACUGAGUAUUCGUCUCGUACAAUGCGUGAGCAUGAAACCGGCGGUCUUGGCUACCGCGACGGGUGGCUCCAGUGCAGAUCGAAAUGGCAAGGCAAGGCAACCUAGUGAAGCCGAUAACGAGCCCGCGAGAACGCUACCUCGCGCUCAUGGUCUGAUGGGUUGGAAGGGGUUCGAAGAUACGAUGGCUUCGCUUCCCGGACUGACGGUCGACGAAUCACAACGAAGCCUACAAGCCGCGGCGGUGCCAUCAGAUCGUGACGGCGGGAUGAAAACGACUCUGGUCUUCUUCCUUGGAGGAUGCACCUACACCGAGAUAUCUGCAGUGCGUUGGAUGACCAGUCAAGCUCAAGGCAGAAAAUAUAUCAUCGCAACCACGAGCAUAAUAGACGGUACAUCCGUACUGAAAGAACUCGGCUUGCCGGAUUUGCCCGAGCGCAGGGCAAUAUGACUAUGACCAUCGACAUUUCGAUGUGUACCCAUGAUUUACAAAUGAAAGACGCGGUAUUGAAUGAUACAAAAU